UGAUAAAACCCAAAACAAAAAAGUCCUAAACAGAAAAAUAUCGCCUUCCGAGAAUUCGAUUUUUUUCAUGUCAUUUCACAUUCACAGCAGUCGGUGGAAGAAAAUAUAGCAAAAAAUAUUUUUGUUAUAUUUCAUAAGCCUUGCUGCCUUGCGCACUACAAGUAUUACUCUUAUUUUUAUGCCCUGUGAAUAUUUUUGGCUUAUUUCUAUAGUUUUAAAUUUGCACGACCCUCUCUGCCCACCUCCAUGCCAUUCCCCUCAUUUACUCGCUCUUUAGUUUGUGACUGCGAAAGGGAAAAUAAAACCCCUCUUACGUUUGCCCAUUCUCAGCCUGCACAUUCUUUUUGUUCUCUUUUAUGUUUAUUUGUAAACAUUAUUUGUAAACAUUAUUUGUAAACAUUAUUUGUAAACACAGUUGAUAAUGAGUCAACAGUCAAAGCCCAGGUCCAUACUUCCAAAUGGAACUAUAGAACGACCUCAGGAUGGAUACCUGCUCGAGCAGGCUCUCUUACGCAAACGCGAGCGAAACAAAAUUGCCGCCAGACGAAAGCGCGACCGCAAGAAGCAGCGCAUGGAUGCUCUAGAGCAGCGCGAAAAAGAACUACGCCAUAAGCACAUGUCUCUCGAGUUGGAGCUUCUGCUAUACCAGACCGCCAACAAAAACCGCAAGAUCAACGAGCAGGGCCGCUGGCUCGACUAUACCGCGAUCAACGCCGAGAUAGCAGAGCUGCACGACAGCGUUGUCACCGCUUGCAAUCAGGCGCAGGUGACGUCAGAUACCCUCAUUCUGCUCAAGCAUGAAAUAACCCAGCUGCUGGAAUUUAUGGAGCAAAACCGGCCGCAAUGAAAAACAUGUAUUGCUGAUAUGGUUUUUUAUUUGCACUGAAACUUGUAAUUUUUAUUCUGCAUUUUUUGUCUUUUCCUUUUAUUUAGUAUUCUAAUAACGCCAGUUUUAUUAAUGUCGCAAAUAUAUAUUUCAGCAUUCAGCUUUCGGUAUUGCUUGGACUCAUAUCGUAACUUUAAGAUCAUAUUUUUUAGCCUGUUUGCUUGAUGUUUUUUAUUUGCUUCCAUAUU